UAAACAUUAAUGUAAAUAUAUUUUCUGUCUUUUAGAUCCUCAACUGUAUUUUCAUCCUGUACUAUUUAAUAGAGAUGCUGCUGAAAAUAGUGGCUUUUGGUUGGAGAGGUUACCUGUCUUACAGGAAUAACAUCUUUGAUGGAUUCCUCACUGUUCUUCUUCUGGCAAUUCAGAUUGCCAUAUUCAUCACAUACAGGAUUCCCUAUGAAAAAGUAGAUCCGGUUCCAGGACAUGUGAUGGCUUUGUGGGAGAUGGUGCGACUGGUCAACAUGUUGAUUGUCUUCCGUUUCCUCCGAAUAAUUCCAGAAAUCAAGUUGAUGGCCGUGGUGGCCAGCACUCUUGUGGACCUGGUGAAAAACUUACGGGCAUUUGCUGGCAUUCUAUUGGUAGUGUACUAUAUGUUUGCCGUCCUUGGUAUCUGGCUUUUCCAGGGAGCUAUAACCCCUCCAUCAAACACAAGUCUAAUCUUCAAUGCCAAUGUUGAGAACAAAACGGAUGGUCCCUUCAGCAUGGACUGUGGCACUUUUGAACAGCUGGAGUACUGGCCAAACAACUUUGAUGAUUUUGCUUCCUCUCUGGUUCUUCUCUAUAACAUCAUGGUGGUGAAUAACUGGCAUGUUUUCACAGAUGCAUACACCAGAUACACUACAGAGUGGUCCUUGGUGUACUUUGUGGCCUGGUGGUUGACAUCUUCAGUCAUGUGGGUCAACCUGUUUGUGGCCCUCAUUUUGGAGGGCAAUACAUUUGUUCUGUCUAGCCAUGCUGGUUAA